CAGAUCAUGUUCGAGACCUUCAAUUGCCCGGCAAUGUACGUUGCGAUUCAGGCAGUCAUGUCCCUCUACGCUUCUGGUCGUACCACAGGAAUUGUCAUGGACUCCGGUGAUGGCGUCUCGCACACCGUGCCGAUCUACGAAGGAUAUGCUCUUCCGCACGCGAUCUUGCGUUUGGAUUUGGCUGGUCGCGACUUGACGGAGUACAUGAUGAAGAUCUUGACCGAGCGUGGUUACUCUUUUACGACCACCGCCGAGCGCGAGAUCGUGAAGGACUUGAAAGAGAAGCUCACCUAUGUUGCGUUGGACUUCGAUGCUGAGAUGAAGCAGGCUGCACAGUCUUCGGAGAACGAGAAGACCUUCGAGCUUCCCGAUGGAAACGUCAUCACCGUCGGAAACGAACGCUUUCGCUGCCCGGAGGUGCUGUUCCAGCCGUCGUUUAUCGGAAAGGAAUCCUCGGGCAUUCAUGAUACAACCUUUCAGUCGAUCAUGAAGUGCGACGUCGAUAUCCGCAAGGAUCUUUACGCGAACAUUGUGCUCUCCGGUGGUACCACAAUGUACCCGGGUAUCGGUGAGCGUAUGACAAAGGAAAUUACAGCCCUCGCUCCGUCCACCAUGAAGAUCAAGGUCGUUGCUCCGCCGGAGCGUAAGUACUCCGUUUGGAUCGGAGGCAGGUACAUCAACACACUUAUUUUUGAUGUGGGCAUGUCAAUGUUCUCGGUUUCCAACGUCGAUUACUAGUGCCUGAUUUUUUCUAGUUCUACUGUGCUUUUAUCUCGAGAUACAAAUCCAUGCGAUUUUCACGGGGUUUUUCCGCAAUUCUUGAACCAUUCAUGUUAUAAUAAUCUUUCUCCCUCUCUCUUCAGCAUUCUGUCCUCGCUUUCGACGUUCCAGCAGAUGUGGAUCUCAAAGAACGAGUACGAUGAGUCUGGCCCGACAAUCGUGCACCGCAAGUGCUUCUAAAAAGCGUACAAUGCAGGAGCGUUGAACCUGACAACCGUGCACAGAAGUUGCGGAACUAAGAUGAUGUAAUUCUACAUCAAGCGAGAAGAACUAGUUCUACUGUUGACAGCUACAGUCAGGCACACGCAAGGCGAAGACGGUAUCCAGGAUGAAUCUUUCACAUGGUUUGCUCACAGAUCAAGAAGCCAAUACUUUCUUCAUCUCCCUCAUACAAAAAAUAAUGGUCGGACACAGCAUCAGAAGUCGACUUGCCAGCAUUCAAAUGAAUAGCUUCGUCAAACUUAUGGCUCGCGUUUCCUAGGCGAAUAUGCAACGGAAAUAGCUUUUCGUGGAUUUUUAAUACUAGUUCUCUUCUUCAUCUGUUAAAAAUCUCAUGGGUUGUUGUUUGUAUGUUAGGCUGACUUGCUCAUGCGAUACACACAGGAGUCUCUUUCUCCAUCGACGACGCAAGGAUCGGCUAGAAGAAACCAUUAAAAACAAAGGUGGAAAGUAUAACCAUCACCCGGUGUACCCACUUGCUGGAGAUACGACAUAGGAAUCUUCAUUCUUAGUAUUGGCAUACCAAGGUGCGAACAAUGAUGUGGAGCAUAGCAUGUUCUGUAGAUUUAGGCUCUAGAUUCUUAACCGAAUUAUGAUAAUUUGUAGUGAAAUCCACUCACGCAAUAAUUCCAGAUGUCUGUAAUUAAUGUUAGACGUAAAACUGAAAGUCAGUGCUUUUAGGAUUGGCUUUUAGGAUUGAUCUGAGAAAGAAUCGGACGGCUUGUGGUGUAGCUCCGACGUCGGGACGUUCGCAGACUCACAUGUCUUUGUGUUAGAGCGACUGUUCUUACCGAAUGGGGUUACCUCGUUCGCAUGUCUACACGCAACAUAAACAGAAAAGACUUAUUAUUUUGAGCUGCAGCAAUUGUGGAAUUUAUUGACAAGGGCUGUUGUGCUUAAUGAAAGGUGGGUGUGCGCGAAAAGCAUGCGAUUGCCGGUCGGCGAAAGAGUUGGCAUCAUAGCUUUGUCGAAAAAGGUACAGGCAAGGAAUGUGUUCAUCCUGCGACGGUACGAGUUCACUCCUUCCUGCGCGCGGCAAACCCGGGUGGAGCCUCAUCUUGAUCUUGAGUCGAUCCAUAACAACAAAAUAUUAUGUUUUUGAUUGCGCACAUCGGCGUAUGCAUCAGCUCGCUGCAUUUUCUCGAAGUAUUCUGCGAUUGACUGGCGUGGAAGCAAGCUCCGUGCAAAUUUUGAUUCUAUGGUUCUGCGUCGAGAGACAUACAUUUGAUACCACGUAAAUUCAUUUGAAAAUUCAGUUGGCUCUUGUAUGCGUAACUUGUGGCUUUCGUCGCUUUUCCAUACUGUUGCUGUACUCUCUUGCUUCGGCAUAUUCCUUGAGUUUUCUUGAACGAUACUCUGUCGACAAAAUGGCAGACGAAGAAGUGCAAGCUCUCGUGGUGGACAACGGGUCCGGUAUGUGCAAGGCCGGAUUCGCGGGUGAUGACGCACCGCGAGCCGUCUUUCCGUCCAUUGUCGGGCGCCCGAAGAUGCCAGGAAUUAUGGUCGGUAUGGAUCAGAAAGACUCCUACGUUGGGGACGAGGCGCAGUCCAAGCGUGGUGUGCUUACGCUCAAAUACCCGAUCGAGCAUGGUAUCGUAACCAACUGGGAUGAUAUGGAGAAGAUCUGGCAUCACACCUUCUACAACGAGCUCCGUGUUGCUCCGGAGGAGCACCCAGUGCUGUUAACCGAAGCUCCGCUGAACCCGAAGGCGAAUCGGGAACGCAUGACGCAGAUCAUGUUCGAGACCUUCAACUGCCCGGCCAUGUACGUGGCGAUUCAGGCAGUCAUGUCUCUGUACGCUUCUGGGCGUACUACAGGAAUCGUCAUGGACUCUGGUGAUGGGGUGUCUCACACCGUGCCGAUCUACGAGGGCUACGCGCUCCCGCACGCCAUCUUACGUCUGGAUUUGGCUGGUCGCGACUUGACGGAGUACAUGAUGAAGAUCUUGACCGAACGUGGUUACUCGUUCACUACCACCGCCGAGCGUGAGAUCGUCAAGGACUUGAAGGAGAAGCUCACUUACGUUGCGUUGGAUUUCGAUGCCGAGAUGAAGCAGGCGGCGCAGUCUUCGGAAAAUGAGAAAACCUUUGAGCUGCCUGAUGGUAACGUUAUCACGGUUGGAAACGAGCGCUUCCGCUGUCCCGAGGUUCUGUUCCAGCCGUCGUUCAUUGGCAAAGAAUCGUCAGGUAUUCACGACACUACGUUCCAAUCGAUCAUGAAGUGCGACGUCGAUAUCCGUAAGGAUCUGUACGCCAACGUGGUUCUUUCCGGUGGUACCACUAUGUUCCCAGGCAUUGGGGAGCGCAUGACAAAGGAAUUAACGGCGCUGGCACCGUCAACCAUGAAAAUCAAAGUUGUCGCUCCUCCGGAACGCAAGUACUCAGUUUGGAUUGGCGGAAGGUACUGAAACUCUCUGCAGGCACGCGCAGAUGACUUCUUGUUGCUAGAUUUCAAGAUAGAACAAUCAAUGUUUUCUCUGUGGGACGCAAAAGGGCACAGGAAAAGUACAAGUAGUUUGUUUCCUUCAGCGCGGCAGUGUACAAGUAUGAGUUUGUUGGGUAAAACUAGUUUGUUUUCACUGUGAUUGUGUGCAAUUUUUAAAAGCAUUAGCAUUCUUCGUCGCAUUUUCCUUGUAACUUUUUUCUCCCUCCUCCGUUCAGCAUUCUGUCUUCGCUGUCGACCUUCCAGCAGAUGUGGAUCUCGAAGAACGAGUACGACGAGUCGGGCCCGACGAUCGUUCACCGCAAGUGCUUCUAAGUACUUUGGCAGAACUAGAUCAUGCUCAUGAUAUCAAGAGCAGGGCAGUGCGUGAUGAGGCUGUUCCAGAGGACGAAAAAGAUACAACUACAAAUAAUCACCCCAUUGAAAGGAGCGGAUGAUAGUGACCAAGACAGCGUUUCCGACAUCUUAGUUCGCUUCAGAAUUAUGUCGGAUAAACACCUUUAUUUCUUGUGGAUGCGCUUGUGUCAAUUUUUAUAAGUCAGCCUUCAGUUCUUGUUCUCCAUAGUGCGCUGCUGCAUAUUAUCAGACGGCAUUUGAUGAAUCUCAUAGAGUCAUUUAUUUCAUAGGCAACAUGCAAAUCGUUCUAGGAUUAGGAAUUCUCUCAACAUGUUGACAUUCAGCAAAGUGCUGUCGGACAAACAUUCGACAUCGUCCUACACAAUGAACAUCAUCCCAAAAACAUGUAAUAUCUUGGUACUCAACAAACGUCCCAUCUGCAGGAAAUUACCAGACUCGCAUGGUCUGGGCGAAAUUUUCGCGUGGCGAUUCAAAAGUAGAAAUGAUACAUAGAACGUAGAGUUUGCGUCUGCCUUUUUAGAAACCUUCAACUACAGGAGAUUGAUUCAGGAACCAAUCCCGACACUAGUCAAGCUGACCACAAAAACAGUACUACAGAAAAACCUAACUCGUCGCGUCAUGUUUUUCGACUGCGCUGUCUUUGCCUAGGUGCAAGACAUGUGGGACACUUUUGUGAGGAAC